CCUGGUGCCCGCGCUGCGCGCCCUGCUCUACUGGUCCCUGGUGUACGGCUACUGCGGGCUGUGCGCCUCCGUCCACCUGCUCAAACUUUUGUGGAGCAUCGGCAGGGCACCCGCGCAGACCUUCCGCCGGGCCGCCCGGGCCAACCCUCCGGCGUGCCUGAACGACCCCUCCUUGGGGACCCACUGCUACGUGCGGAUCAAGGAUUCGGGGCUAAGAUUCCACUACGUCGCUGCAGGAGAAAGGGGCAGACCACUCAUGCUGCUGCUUCACGGAUUUCCAGAAUUCUGGUAUUCUUGGCGUCAUCAGUUGAGAGAAUUUAAAAGUGAAUACAGAGUCGUCGCACUGGAUUUGAGAGGCUAUGGAGAGUCAGAUGCACCGACUCAUCAAGAGAGUUAUAAACUGGACUGUCUAAUUGCAGACAUAAAGGAUAUUUUAGACUCCUUAGGGUAUAGCAAAUGUGUCCUGAUUGGCCAUGACUGGGGAGGUAUGAUUGCCUGGCUGAUUGCCAUCUGCUACCCUGAGAUGAUAAUGAAGCUCAUUGUUAUUAACUUCCCACAUCCAAGUGUAUUUACAGACUACAUACUGCGGCACCCUGCCCAGCUGUUCAGAUCUAGCUUUUAUUACUUCUUCCAAAUACCAUGGUUCCCAGAAUUUAUGUUCUCAAUUAAUGAUUUCAAGGCUUUGAAACACCUGUUCACCAGCCAGAGCACUGGCAUUGGACGAAGAGGACGUCGCCUGACUACAGACGACCUAGAAGCUUACAUUUAUGUCUUCUCACAGCCUGGAGCACUAAGUGGUCCAAUGAACCAUUAUCGGAACAUUUUCAACUGCCUGCCUCUCAAACAUCACAUGGUGACGACGCCCACGCUACUCCUGUGGGGAGAGGAAGAUGCGUUUAUGGAGGCUGAGAUGGCCGAAGUCACAAAGGUUUAUGUUAAAAACUAUUUCAGACUCACCGUUUUAUCAGAAGGUAGCCACUGGCUUCAGCAGGACCAACCUGACAUAGUGAACAGGCUGAUAUGGGCAUUCCUAAGAGAAGAGACAAGAAGAGAAUGACUUUAUCUCCGAUGAGGAGUCUAUAAUGGAAUCUUGAAAACCUCUUAAAACUUGUUCAUCAACUUACAUUUUAUUAGAAAAAAACCCUGUUUUAAUAUGCUUGAUUAUAAAUAAAUAUAGUGAAACAUGGUAUUGAAAAAAACCUAUGUAAUUUUUUUCACUGUCUAUUUCUGCACAGAGAAACAUCUGCCUUAAAAUAAUAGUUGUACAAAAAGGUAAUUGGGAAAAAUGGCUCAGGUUUGGCUUCUUGCUUUAUCAUAUUAACAUAUGGUGCCUUUUAUAAAUAUACAUGAAUAUGAGCUGUGCCGUAGUAUAAAAGGCAGAUCUGCAAUGGCAACAUUUUAAUUUCAUUGUUAAAACAUUAUUUUUUACUAUUUUUUUAGCCAAUAAAAUCCCGUCAUCAACUCCUGUGGAUUUAUAAUAUAUAAAGGAAUUUGAAUGUAAACUUAGCUAGAUGAGUAUUUCUGAAAAUGGGUCUUAAGUUCUAUUUGUGAUGAAUGAUUAAACUAUUUGAAAUUGGUACAUGCUAUAACAACCAAGUAGGAAAACACAUUUUUACCCCUUCAAUGCAGUUAGAAAUGAAUUCUGUAAUUCCUUUGUACACUAGAAUCCAAAUUUUACAGGACAAGAUUUUUAAUUUUUUUCAAAGCUGAUGUACAUUGUCUAGAAUCAAGGCCUGCUACAUUGUAGACAUUCAGAUAUCUUCUUAGUGAAUAAAUACAGUCUCAAGACCCCA